UAAACGCUGGCGCGCUCUCAAUUUUCUCACACACGCCGGAGUCGACGUGAAUGAGACCAAUUUUCGAUUGUAAUUUGAGAAAAUUUCACUAAACGGAAAAUGGAGAGGACCGGUUAAGUGAUGGUAAAUAGUCCUUCAAACGGGUAAAAAUACUCUCCGCUGAAAGUUUCGUAAGGGGGCGUCCUAAUUUAUUUUAACCAGCCGCAAAUUCGGCCGAAAUUUUCGCAUAAUUGGAAAUAAGUUGAUUGAUCGCUUGUCACUAACAUCGCUGUGCCAAUAAUAGAUUUUUUAAUAUUCAUAAUACGAUUGAUUGCUGAAUAUGGCACGCGGUUUCUCAUAAUAAUUUACGUUUCAAUUUCUGAAUAAAAAAUUUCUUGAUUCGUCUAAUGUAAUGUAAUUAAAUGUUUAUUGUAAACGGGUUUGGACGGUUGAAACAAUCCUAAUAUAAUUAAACUCAAAACCCGUAAUCAUUGGAAUUAUUAAUUUCAUUCCAUCGAUUGGAAUAAAAUAUUUGUGCCGCGAGGACGCUUUAAUGUGAAGUGUUUUUUUUUACCUUUGCUAAAUAAACUUCAAAAUAGUGUCUCGCUCAGUGACUUAAUAAACUUUCUUGAUACCUAAAGAACUUUCAUGAUGGCAUAUUUCAUAACAAGGAGUAUCCUGCUCUUUGUUACAUUGUUUGCUGAUAUCAGUGUUUUCGACGUGCGAGCCCUGAAGGACAUGUACAUCAAAGUGCCGGAAGCUGUAAGAGUCGGAGAUUCCGUGACACUGGCUUGCGAUUACGACCUGGAGGCGGCGGCGCUCUACACCAUCAAAUGGUACCGUUACGACUCUGAGUUCUACAGGUAUGUGCCCAAGGAGUCGCCGCCGUCAAGGGUCUUCGUCAUGUCGCACCUCAACGUUGAUGUGUCGAGAUCUAAUUCAACGGUAGUGACCUUAACGGACGUGAAGAGAGAAACUUCUGGAGAAUUUAAGUGUGAAGUUUCUGCGGAUGCACCACGCUUUCAUACCGACAUACGUGCCGCGCAUUUACUUGUUGCAGACGUGCCUGAUGAAGGACCAGUUUUGCGAACAGAAGUCCAAGAGAAAUCGAUAGGAGCCAGGAUAAAGGCUAAUUGCACAACGCCUGGGUCUUAUCCGCCGAUGAAUAUCACCUGGUUUAUCAACGAUGUUGAAGUUCAGCCAAAAUACGGCAUCGAUAUCCACAAUUCAGUCGAACGUUACGACGCCCUCCCUGGCUUAGAAACUGUCCGCUCCAUGAUCUCUAUAAAUGCAAGUCUAGAGCUCUUCAAAAACGGUAAAAUGAAAAUACGGUGUUUGGCAACGAUGUUUACGUUGUACCGGAAAACACAAGAGUCAGAACUCCACGAUGAUGCCCCUCAACUUGCUCUCAUUAUGGUGCCCACCACUUUGAGCAGCGAAGGAAUUUUUUUCAGCAGCGGCCCCGAAAAACAGUGCAUCUCCAACAUCCUAAUAGCAAUUUUGCUUUUUUAUGUUCACCUACACGCCUGGUUAAGAAAGUUCCAAUGAAUUCAACGUGGAAAAACUUGUAAAGUUAUUUAAAAAAGUGAUAGUGUUUUUAAAAACGUGAUAAACUUAAGAGGGUAUAAAAAUGGAUUGUGUGAUUUGUUGUGAAAUAAUAAAUAAAGACUUGUACCUUCCAUAAGCGAUGCAAUUAUUAUUUGUGUGUGAUAAUGCCAAAUAAGUGUGAUUACCGUUGAAUUUUAAGUAUACCUAUGCGGUGCAAUAAUUGUAGUGUAAUAAACUUAGCAAAAUUUUCAGUUUUAAUUACAGUUAAUUUAUUGAAAUUAUUUCUUGUACAAAAUGUAUAAUUUCGCAUUGACAACUGCUACAUACAUAAACCUGUACACCUGAAUUGCUCAAAAUUGCGUUACCUUUCUAAAGCUUUAUUUAAGACGUAUUUUCAGGAAGUCGAUUUAUAUCGUAAUUUCCUGCAUCUACGCUCAAAAAUCAAGUGUGAAUAUUCCUUUUUUUGUAAUAAGUCUGCGAAUAUGUUUACAUUUAUUUACACAUGCUGGAUAUGACGUGAAAUCCAUACUGAAUGUUCACACUUGUAGCAUAAGAAAAAACAAAUUUUGUAUUAUGAAGUUCUGGAAAUUUAUGGUCGUUAUAUGUAAAUAUAAUAUAGAAUAACCGACAACGUGAAAAUUUAUACUUUAGGUAAACGUAGUAUCAAGGUUAUAUUUUUUGUUUCUAGUCACCUUUAAAGAGUUUUGCCGAUGUAACUUUACAGACGUAUUUAUUUGCCGGUGAAUGAUUAAUUCACAUUUAAUGAAAAGUUACCACGUUUACUGAUCAAAUACGAUUUUCAUUGACAACCAAAUAUCUUCCUUUCAACUCAACUUUAUAAAUUUUUACGGCGUUUGUGAGAUUGUGAAAAGGUAAAUAACUGGUUAUUGCAAUUUUACGACUUAAUAACAACUUAAAUUAAUUUAUAAAAAACAGCCAAACGAUGCCAAAGCAAUAUUUUUUCGAGUUCUAACAAUUAAAUCAAUCGAAUCAUUUACAUACGUGAUAUGUACAACAACUACAAUAAUUAUAUUCAUAGCUUUCAACUGUAGUUUUACAUUAUAACUCAUUGAUGAAGUUAAUUAAAUUAUCUACUUGUUUUGCUGUGCGUGGCAAAACGCGCUUAAUUGUCAACGGAAUAAAUACUAACUUGCGAUAAUUUGAAAUCUGACGAAUUAAACCUGUUUUACCAAAGUUAAAUGAUAAAGGAAUUCAAGUUAGUAUGUAACAUAACACUUUCUGUCACUUUCAGUAAAUUUGGAGGAGAAUAAACGCCCAUUUGCUACAGCUAUUAAAUAAUUUAUUCCAUGUUAACAUUAUUGUUAUUAGCCCAGGGUAAGUUACUGACGGCACAUAAGCGAGAUUUCAAUUAUUUUCAAUUUGUUACUUAACAUUAACUAAAGGAAUAUAAUUACUAUUAUAAUUAAAAUCUUAAUUGUUUUCCUGUGACAGAUUAUUAGAAUUUCAACUAAAAUCCCGCUGAAAUCUCACAGAAACCCAGAUUACAUUAAAUAAAUACGCUUCUCUACAAAAAGCCAUGCAAAUGUUUCGAUGUGCUAUAAAUUUUCGGGAUUAUUUAAAACAUUAUUUUGCCUGUUAUUCAUGAAGAAUUCACAAUAAUCUGCUUUUCCAAUAGACCACAAACUACCUCAAUUUGAAAAUCCAUUUUGUUUAAAUUUUAAACAAGCGGUAAUUACAAAAAUCUCAGCAUAUACAUUUAUUUUUUGAAAGCAUAAAAUCAAAUUAGUUUGUAUAUAAAUCAAAUUUUUAGUUGGAACAUUUUUGGUUAGUUUCAAUGAAAAUCUCUUUUCUGGCAGUAUUUUAAUCCGGAUUUAAUGAAAAUAGCCACAAAGUAAGCAUCAUAAAUCAACAUUUUGAUAUGAGUAACGCAACUUUGUUUAAAAAAACUGAAAUUGUUUUAAUCAUGGUAUUUUUUGAUGAAAAAUUAAGAUAUUCCAAUAAAAUUUUAAGGAAAUUAUUGUAAAUAUAGAAAUCACGAUGACAGUAACUUUUUUUAAUCAUUAUAAUAUUUUAGAGAUACCAUUGUAAAUAAUAAUAUUACAAUCAAAAAAGAACCUACCUACGUAUUACAUACCAAUUAACUAAAGUAUUGUAUGGCGACGUUUCCUAAAUUAUGUAGCUCUAGAAAUUACAUCGAAUUCAAUGUGUUUCUGUUAAAAAAUUGUUGUUUGAUUGCUUUAUGUUUACAAAAAU